GCUCUGAGCCACAGCUGGGUUUUGCUGAAUCAGAGUAAAGUGAGCACACGCACCAACCUGUUAGAUGUCACUUCAUCCAACCACGAACCCGGAGAGAGGAGGAAAACCCGAAAACAGAACGGAAUUUCAAAGGAAUACCUGCCGUUCCGAGUAUCCAAGACAACAGUAUAGUCGAAUAGCCGAUAGAUCACAGGGCGAUCCAUCGCAGUGGAUAGUAUAAGCGUCCAAGACUUCAUCUGGGGCUCCUUUCUGCGUCGACACAACUGAAGCCAUUCUCUUAUUUGAUCGGAGAUUUGAAGAGUCUGAAGAUGCAAGAAUUAAAGUAUUCCAGCUGGACAAGGAUGACGACCCCGCUGUUACUGGCGCUGCUCGUUCUGACCCAGCAGGUGGUCUCCUGUCCGUUCCACCGUGCGGUGUCACCCUCUCCUGGAUCUGACGAUGGUCCCGGGACCCUGGAGGUGGAACGGGCUCCUGUCCUGCGAAGGGUGGCCCGUAUGACGCCCCUCUGGAGGCUGAUGAACAGCAAGCCCCUGGGGGCCUACUGUCAUAGCAACUACGAGUGCUCCACGGGACUCUGCAGGGCUGGUCACUGCUCCACAACCCAUCGGGCUUUGAAGGAACCAGUAAAGUACUAGAGAAUGCUCUCAAAGUGACCUAACAUCAAGCCAUAAUCUGCUCUUUAUAAAGCUUCCAACCAAGACCUUCUCAGGAUUCUCUUUUCGAUAACCAGCAUUACGUGGCUCGUAGCCUCAGACCCCGUAUACAAAUACUUGAAGAUUAGUGAUUAUUAUGUUGAUUUUCUAUGAUCAGGUACUAUC